AGUAAGCGACAAAAAUAGGAAAAGGGCAUCAAAACCCGCGUAUCCGUACAAAAAAGGGCGUACGGGUUAUGCACGGUUACAACAAAGAAUUCUAGCCGAGGAGAAAAGUGACGCAACAUCUCUUCCGGAGCACGUAUUAUGGAAGGCUGCUCGGGUUGGGAAGGAUGGGGCUGUCGUUGAAGCGGUCCAAAAUGUUUAUGACGAAUGUGAGACUUUAUCCCAAACCGUACCUUCAACCGAGGUGAUGGAGACCUUGGCGGAGUUAAGGGCACAAGUACUCCAACUGCAAAACGAGAAUGCAAGGUAUAGAGAGGAAAGGUGCGCUUCCGAGGCAAAAGAUACUAGUGACCGAGCUAGUAUCAAUCAUCAACCGAAAUUUCCCGAGGGCAUUUCACCUUGUCAGCUGUAUCUAUCGUCACCAACUUAUCGCAUGGUUGGCAAGGGAAAAGUGCACAAUACUUCGGGUGAAUUACUUCACCAUAAUCCCCUCCCGGUGGGAUUUAUGAAAGUUUCGGUUUACCUCGUAUUAGAUACGGACGCCCGUCUACCAUUACCUGACGUUGUUUCAGAGACAACGUUGAUGCGAGAUGCAGUCGGAUCCUUUGUUGGUUGGCCGUCAAAUCUAAUUUUCCCUGAUGCCGAGACUCCUACAAGACCCACACAUAAAGUUGGUAAAGGGAUUUCAAGACGCAUCGAGUCGGUUGCAUCUCAAAAAGAGGUUCCCGGUCGAGAGUUGAAAAGCGCUGCUAAGGAUAUUCCAACGACGUCCGGGACAAAAUCUCAAAUUAUGAUGCAUCUUGAGAAAAUGGUGGAGGAGUCCGAUAUUAUGCAUGGGGUCAUUCGUACUAUAGAUUUUGAUGAAGGUGUUUUCGGAGCUGCUCAUUUCGAAAUAAUUGGAAAGGAGGACUUCCAACAACUUUUUGAACACACCGAAUUGGGCAUCGCUGUCAUUCAUACAUACAUAUGGUACUCCGAUCAAUCUAUAAUUUACUUAGUUGAACAAUUUAUUUACACAUUUCAAUGAGUAGUCUAAUGUUUAUUAUGUUUCUAUUUAAGGUAUAUGUAUGUAACAUUG